AUGUACGGGAUGCAAAUGGCCGUGAUUGAAUGGGCUAGAAAUGUGUUAGGCUGGGCCGAUGCGCAUUCUGUGGAAAUGGAUGAACAUACUACACAUCCGGUAAUUGAUAUGAUGGCCGAGCAAAAGAAAAUCACGGCAAAAGGCGGAACCAUGCGUUUAGGUGCUUAUCGUUGUGCCAUUGAAAAAGGAACUCUGGCGGAGAAAAUCUACGGUAAGGCUGAAGUGUCGGAACGCCACCGUCACCGCUACGAGUUCAACAACGCCUAUUUCAACGAUUUCGAAAAUUCAGGAUUGAAAGCCUCCGGCAAGAAUCCUGAA